CCACCCUUCACACUCUUUCACAAGCACAUUGUCAAAGCUAAAUAAAGCCAUGUUCUAGGAAGGGAAGAAGCAUCUUAGUCGCAGAAAGCAUAAAAGAAAAACAAAAACAAAAAAUGCUUAUGAUUUGAAAUACAACAAAAUUUUCUUAUUUCAGAUUUUGCUUUGAAGAUUUGUGUUCCGUUCUUGUUUCGGCAAUUCGUAAAGAAAAUGGUCCAAAAGUUUCACGCUUUUAUGUUCCCGUGGUUUGCUUUUGGUCAUAUGACUCCAUACUUGCAUCUAGCCAACAAGCUAGCCGAGAAAGGUCAUAAGGUUACUUUCUUGCUGCCCAAGAAAGCUCAGAAACAGUUGGAACAUCACAAUCUUUUCCCGGACAACAUCGCCUUUCAUCCACUAACUAUUCCUCCUGUUGACGGCCUCCCCGCUGGCGCUGAGACAGCCUCGGAUAUCCCCAUCUCAUUAGGGAAGUUUCUAACUGCAGCCAUGGAUCUGACACGUGAUCAGGUGGAAGCCGCGGUUCGUGCUUUGAGACCGGACAUGAUCAUAUUCGAUUUUGCGUAUUGGGUACCUGAAAUGGCCAAGGAGUAUAGAGUCACGAGUAUGUUGUACAGCGUGGUAUCAGCUACUGCUAUAGCUCAUGACCUUUCCCCUGGCAGCGAAUUAGGAGUUCCUCCACCUGGUUAUCCUUCAUCAAAGGUGUUGUUCCACCCACGUGAUGCUCACGCCUUGUUGUCUCUCUCCAUGUUCUACGAUAGGCUAUACCAUCGCAUAACCACAGGUCUUAUGAAUUGCGAUAUCAUUUCUAUUAGGACAUGCGAGGAAGUAGAAGGUAAAUUCUGCGAAUAUAUCGGACGUCAAUACCAGAGAAAGGUUCUUUUGACCGGUCCAAUGCUUCCUGAGCCAGACAAGAGUAAACCACUUGAAGAUCAAUGGAGUAGUUGGUUGGCCGGGUUUAGACAAAGCUCUGUCGUGUUCUGUGCAUUGGGAAGCCAAAUCACUCUUGAAAAGGAUCAAUUCCAAGAACUCUGUUUAGGAAUGGAGCUUACUGGUUUACCUUUCCUUGUAGCGGUAACGCCACCAAAAGGAGCAAGGACGAUUCAAGAAGCGUUACCAGAAGGGUUUGAGGAGAGGGUGAAGGGUCGUGGAAUAGUUUGGGGAGAAUGGGUGCAACAACCGUUGAUAUUGGCUCAUCCAUCAAUAGGCUGCUUUGUGACCCACUGUGGAUUUGGGUCAAUGUGGGAAUCUCUAAUGAGUGAUUGCCAAAUAGUCAUGCUUCCAUUUUUAGGUGAUCAGAUCCUCAACACUAGAUUGAUGACUGAGGAACUUGAGGUUUCGGUUGAAGUACCAAGAGAAGAAACAGGAUGGUUCUCCAAGGAAAGCUUGAGUGCUGCUAUCAUUUCCGUGAUGGACAAAGAUAGCGAGUUAGGGAAUCUGGUCAGGAGGAACCACAUCAGAUUGAAGGAGAUUUUGGUUAGUCCUGGGCUACUAAACCGGUUACACGGAUAAGUUUGUGGAAGCAUUGCAUGAUCUAGUCAACGUAACAAAUCUUGAAUGAAAUACUUUGCUUGUAAAGAAGAAUAUGCUCUCAUUGGUCUCUAUAUCCUACUAUAAAAUAAUUUACGAUAUAAAAUACAAAAUCAUGUUGGUGGGGUUUCUAUCAAACAGUUAUAGUCAUAUGCAAUAAGUUCAACGUC